CGAUCCUUUAGAUAUUUGUGGUCAAAGGCUCCGGACAUAAAUUUAAAGAAACACAAAAGUAAACAUAUAGUCGAAAACUGAUAAAAGUAACUAAGAUGUCACUUAUUUUUAAGUUAUCUAAAUGGAUAUUCCUAAUACUAUACUGAUUCAGACUACUAAUCUAAUCCUAUAAUCUGACAAUAAUUACUUCCAAUCAUUAUUCAAGCAGCAUGAAUCCGACAUUGGUGUUUAGAUAAAAUUAAUAAACUACAAAUAUCAAUUAAACAGAAUUUGGACUUUUAAUUUUUAAGCAAAUCAAGCAAAGACAACACAGAUAUAACGUGAGAUCAACUUGCUAAUUCACGUCAACGAUUUUGAUUAGAUUACGUGAAAAUAUGAAUAGAAAAGUAAAAAAGGAGAAAAAAAUAACAAUAUAACUGAAGUUAAAAGACUCAACUACAAUUGCUCGUGUUCUCUUCACCUUAAUCAGCUUCGAUCCACCACAUAAUCUUUCUUUUUUUUAUCUUCCGGUGAGUCUCCGUUGGGAGGCAAGUGAAGGAUGUCCUCCUCGUUGGUGAAAAUGGUGCUUUUUUGUUUAAGACCGGUGCGGCGGUACGCUCUUAUGAUCAAGGACGAUGAAGAUGACAGUGAUGAUCACGACGACUCGCUCCUUUGGUCUAGGGAACUAGAGAGGCAUUCUCUAGGUGAUUUCUCCAUGGCCGUGGUGCAAGCUAAUGAGGUCAUUGAGGAUCACAGCGAAGUUGAGACUGGGAAAGGAGCAGUCUUCGUCGGAGUUUACGAUGGACACGGUGGUCCCGAAGCUUCUAGAUACAUCUCUGACCAUCUCUUUGCCCAUUUAAUAAGAAAUUCGAGAGAACGUGGUGUCAUUACAGAGGAAACUCUUAGGGGUGCGUUUUCUGCAACCGAGCGAGGGUUCCUCACGCUUGUGCGAAGGACACGUGGAUUGAAACCGUUGAUUGCAGCCGCUGGAUCUUGCUGUCUUGUCGGAGUUAUCAGGAAAGGGACCUUGCUUAUCGCUAACCUUGGUGAUUCCCGUGCUGUGCUUGGCUCCAUGAACAGGUCAAACAAGAUUGUAGCUGAGCAAUUGACAAGUGACCACAAUGCUGCUCAGGAAGAAGUCAGACAAGAGCUUAGGUCUUUGCAUCCGGAUGAUCCGCGCAUCGUUGUCCACAAACAGGGUGGUGUGUGGCGCAUCAAAGGAAUCAUUCAGGUAUCUAGAUCAAUAGGGGAUGCGUACCUGAAGCGCCCAGAGUUCUCUCUUGGUCCUUCGUUUCCACGAUUCCAUCUCCCUGAAGGGCUACAAAGACCGGUUCUAUCAGCAGAGCCUUGCGUCUACACAAGAGUCUUACAAACAAGCGAUAAGUUUGUGAUAUUCGCAUCAGAUGGACUCUGGGAGCACGUGAGCAACCAGCAAGCUGUAGAGAUAGUGCAUAAACAUCCUCGUCCCGGAAUAGCGAGAAUGCUGGUGAGAAGAGCAAUGAACAUAGCGGCGAAGAAGAAAGGGAUGAUGUACGAUGAUUUGAAGAAAGUGGAGAGAGGAGUUAGGAGAUUCUUUCAUGAUGAUAUAACGGUGGCUGUGAUAUUCAUAGACAAUGAGCUUCUUAUGGUGGAGAAAGCUACUGUUCCUGAGCUAUCUAUUAAAGGUUUCUCUCAUACCGUUGGACCUUCCAAGUUCAGUCUCUUCUUCUCUUAAAAGAAAGUGUUUUUUUUUUACAUUUAUUAUAUAUUUUACUCCCGUAGUUACAACAUG